AGGUAACCCAUAAAAAGAAAAAAAAAAUGUAACGAUUGAAUAUUAAACUAAGUUCCCAGAAGAAAAUGAGGGAAAAAAAAAGUCAUUAAAUAUUGGAUGGCAAAGCAUUUAAAGAUGCAGAUUACAGUUGAAACCGAGCGGAGGCUAUUCAAAGGAGCUGUCAAAUAAAUGCAAUGACUAAAAGCAAUCUCCAAUCGGCAAACCCUAAACCCCGGCCCACACGCUCUCUGCAAUGGCUGCCACUUCCAAUUAUUCUCGUAAUUUCUCUUCCUUUCUGGCUCUGCAUCCAUGGCGGAAGACGCGGCUCUCAAAUCCUCCCUCGUUUUCUUGGCGGCGGUCGUCGUUGUCGUCGGAAUCGCCACGCAUUCUUUCACGAACAUGGCCGUAACUUAUCUGGUCGGCGUUUUCGCGAUCGCCGGCGUUCUCUUGCCGGACUGGUGUUUCUUUGACCGCGAUUUCUCCCGGUGGACUUCUCCGGUCACCGCAGAGGAGAGGGAAUCAGAUCGGAUCUCGACCGGAUCUCAGUUACGGAGGUUUAGGAUUUAUCCAAUCAGACUGAUUGUUUACACCAUAGUUUACAGUUUUGCUCUGUACAAAUGGUGGAAAUUCAUUUCCAGCUAAUCCACUUCCCUUCUGCAGUUGGCUAGUUGCUAUUCCUACAGAUAAUUUUCUUUUUCUUUUUCCUUUUUUCUCUUCAGUAAAAUAAAUCUUUGUGAUUUUGGUAUUGAUUUAUGUCACAUGAAAAACCUAGUAAAUAAAUCAAAACUUGUAUUAGUUGUUUGUAGUAUAUAUUCUAAUCAUCGUUUUUUUUUAUUAAA